UUUCAGCUCUGAGCGUUGAGCGCAGAUGCGGCCUGGAGUCAGAGGCUCGGAUCUGUGUGUAUGAAUGGACGCUACAAUUACAUCUAAUAGCUCAAUGUUACGGUCUUUGCGAAAGCUAUAUUUCCGUCGGCACCGAUGUUUUCACUCGUAAUCUUGCUCUCAUUCCUGGCUAUUUCGGCUGAUGCGGAUUUAUUUCAAUUCGACAGCAUUUCAAAUGUUUCUUCCUAUUAUUUCCAUUACAUCUAUUGCAAUAUUUGGGAAGGGGAUUGUCAACCACAUCAGGAUGAUGCAACCCAAGAAGUGCCUACAGGGGACAUUUGGUCAGGGCUUUCCCAGUACUAUACUGGCAUGCUGACUGCAUGGUACUGCAGCCUGGGUCAGUGCUGUGAUUCAGGAGACUGUAGGAUUAUGAAUAACAUCACAGGAUUGGAAAAAGAUCUACAGGUGAAGCUUCAUGGGCAACACCUGGUCCAGUCUGUGGUUCUGAAAGCCAUUCAGGGAUUCAUCAAAAACCCUGAGUCCAACAAACCACUGACUCUGUCCUUUCACGGCUGGUCUGGGACAGGAAAGAACUUUGUGGCCCGGAUAGUAGCAGACAAUCUCUACCAGGAUGGUAUAAAGAGUGAAUGUGUGCGUUUGUUCAUUGCCCCAUUCCACUUCCCUCACGCGAGAUUGGUGGACGUGUACAAGGGCCAGCUAAGAGAAGCCAUUCGAGACAUGGUUCUGCGAUGUUCACAGACUCUCUUUAUCUUUGAUGAGGCAGAAAAGCUUCAUCCGGGACUCAUUGAUGCCAUAAAGCCCUACAUGGACCACUAUGAUAAUGUGGAUGGGGUCAGCUAUAGAAGAGCCAUAUUUCUGUUUCUAAGGUUGGUGUGUUCUUUACAGAUGCAAAAUCUGAAAAAUGUCAUUUGUUGCUGUGAUCCAAUUAAAAAUCUAAUGUCCGUUUCCUUAAUGUCAUGCUUUAGUAAUAUCGGUGGUGGUGCUAUCAGUGAGGUGGCACUUGAUUUCUGGCACUCGGGACAGAAUAGAGAAGAUAUCGGCAUGGAAGACUUGGAACAUCUUCUGCAUGCUGAAGCCAUGGAAGCAGAAGGAGGUUUUGUGCAGAGUGAGCUGAUGUCAGGCCAUCUGAUUGACUUCUUUGUACCAUUCUUGCCGCUGGAGUACCGGCAUGUGAAACUGUGUGCACGUGAUGCAUAUGCAGCUCGUGGCCUUCAGCCGGAUGAGAGGACUCUGGAUGAAGUGGCCAAAGCCAUGCUGUACGUACCUAAGGAGGAGAAACUCUUCUCUGCACCGGGCUGCAAAUCCAUUCCUCAAAGGAUCAAUUUAUUUUUGCCAUAACGAAGAGCAACAUAAGAUCACUGACAUUAAAGAAACACAGAGUAUACUUGAAUGAAGCAGAAAUGACUGCUGCUAUCUGAAAUGCAAAUUAUACAACACUGACAA